GUGCUCUGCUCCCUGACCCCAGUGGCAGUCCUUACUCACUGCACUCCUCCGCUCUCUUCCUCCUUCAUUUCUCCCUCUCUCCCUCUUUCUCUUUCUCGCUCUCCAGCCCAGAUCGCGGCUGCUCUCCUUCUCCCUUUUCUUCCUUCCUUCCUUCCUUUCCCUUCCCUCCUUCCUUCCUUCCUUCCUUCCUUCUGCCUGCGUCCGCCUCUCUCCUUUCCACUCCGGGGACCCUCGGGGGUCGAAGGUGUCUGCCCUGCCUUGCACCAGCCGUCAACCUUUGGCAAAGCCUUUCCUCGCUCUUUCGCCCUCUCGCAACACAGCUCCGCGGCACCAUCCGCCGCCUCCUCCCCUCCUCCUCAUGGAUCGGCUCCUUCCCCAGCACUGAAGGCAUCCCUAGGAACACACAUCAACAUCCAGGAAAAAUAAAAAGAGAGGGAGAGAAGAAGUCUGCAGAGCUCAUGAGGAGAUAUUUGGCUUCUGUCGUUGGCUGAAACACAAUGCCCACUCCCAUCUUUUGUUCUGGAAAGUUGUAAGUUGCUCAUGUCUAUAAAGAGAAAGGAUGGCUCAUGGAAUUCCUUCACAAGGCAAAGUUACCAUUUCUGUGGAUGAAUACAGCUCAAAUCCAACCCAGGCGUUCACACACUACAACAUUAACCAGAGCAGGUUCCAGCCUCCCCAUGUACACAUGGUCGAUCCUAUUCCAUAUGACACCCCGAAACCAGCAGGCCACACGCGGUUUGUCUGCAUCUCAGACACACACUCCAGAACAGAUGGAAUCCAGAUGCCUUAUGGGGACAUCUUGCUUCAUACGGGCGAUUUCACUGAGUUGGGGCUGCCUUCUGAGGUUAAGAAGUUUAAUGACUGGUUAGGAAAUUUGCCAUAUGAAUAUAAAAUAGUGAUUGCUGGGAAUCAUGAACUGACAUUUGAUAAAGAAUUCAUGGCAGACCUUGUUAAACAGGAUUACUACCGCUUUCCCUCUGUGUCCAAAUUGAAACCAGAGGACUUUGACAAUGUUCAGUCACUUCUGACAAACAGUAUUUACUUGCAAGACUCUGAAGUAACAGUCAAAGGAUUCCGAAUAUAUGGUGCUCCUUGGACACCAUGGUUUAAUGGAUGGGGCUUUAACCUACCCAGAGGUCAAUCACUGUUGGACAAGUGGAAUCUUAUUCCCGAAGGUAUUGAUAUAUUAAUGACUCAUGGACCUCCUCUUGGUUUUCGAGACUGGGUUCCAAAGGAGCUUCAAAGAGUUGGCUGUGUGGAACUGUUAAACACAGUACAAAGGCGAGUAAGGCCCAAACUCCAUGUCUUUGGUGGAAUCCAUGAAGGUUACGGCAUUAUGACAGACGGUUACACAACAUACAUAAAUGCCUCAACAUGUACAGUCAGCUUUCAACCAACCAACCCACCAAUUAUAUUUGACCUUCCAACCCCGCAAGGAUCAUGAAGCACCACUGGAGUGGGGGAAAGUCUAUAAACUGCCAUUUUUCUAAUUAAACAUCCAUUCUCUUAACAUGUUUCUUUACAAAUGAUGUGGGGCUUUUUUUUGUAAAUUGUUGGUACAAAAGGAAAAAAAGAGAUAGAAGUUGUGCAGCAAAAUGCAGCAUCCAUUUGAAAUUGAUACAUCAUUGUGAAUUUGUAAAAUGAAGUUUUAUGUUUUCUUAAUUAACUUGCCAUUGUAAAUUGUUAGUGUUCUCAAAAGGACAGCCAAGCUUUCUUUUAAUGAGUGAGACACCUUAUUUUAAUAAUAUUAAAUAAAAAUUUAAAAGGCAGUGUUUAAAAAAAACAAACACCCAAAUUUGCACAACUGUUAUUGUUUGCUUUUUUAAAAAAAAUAAACAUUUCUAAUGAUAAAAUGCCACCCUCUCCUCUUCUUUUGUUUUUAUUAUCACACUAUGUUUUGUGACCCGGGUUUUGUGAAUGCUCCUUUGCAAUUAUAGACCACAAUCCAACACAGAGUAAGAUGUGCUUGUGCCUGUUGAGAUAAAUGGGCUGAAGUGUGCCUAAUGCUGUGCUAGAUCAUUGUCAAGGAGCUGUUGCACAGGAGACUGAGUUCCCAUUCAUUUCAACGGGUUGCUGAUCUACACUUUAAGUGUAUGGUUCCAGGUUCCUCCAUUGAAGAGUAUGGAGAAUCCAUUGGGAAACUUAGCCCAUCAGAGCUCCUGUGCUCACAACAGAUCACAUGAUAGUCUAUUUGUCCACUGAUAUAUAUGCAUACUGUAAACUCUUGCCUAUCAAUCAGUGAGAGGAAAAUAGCCUUCUAGGAUUAGUUUGUCUCUGCCUGCUUUAAUGAACAAUAAGAUAGCAGCAUCUUGCACCACUGUAUCUAAAUUGUCACUGUUUGGGUGAGUUUCUUAAAUUAUUUUAGCUUUAAAAAUACGGGGAUGAAAACUGCAAUGAGCAGGUGUUCCAUGCAGUAAAAACAUGUAAAUGCGGACUCCUUUUAAAUAUGGAUUUUUAUAUAUAUUUUUUGUGCAUUAUAACUAAGCUAGGCAUUUAAUGUUGCCAGUAUAGCAUCUGCAAAUUUAUGCUGUACAGCACAUCUAAAUUAUGAAGGAUGUGACACAUUUUUCUCUCUCCAAGCGCUCGAGGCCUUCAAGAGCUUGAGUUUAAAAUCUUUGUGCAGUUUCAGGCAUGUAUAGAAUCAAAUGAAUACAAUCAAGCCUAACUAAAAUAAGGCUUUGUUGUCCUUUAUAUUUAAAAUAUUCUUGAAUUGUCUUUCCAUUUCUUUUUCCCUUAUUUUGCACUGUGUGUAAAUGCAAUCUUGCUAGCACAAAAUAUUGUUGCAAAUAGUUAUUUCUGUUCUACCACUGUAAAUGCUAUUGAGCUUUAUUCUGUUUAUGUUAUCUUAAUGGAAUUUAGGAAAACAGUUGUUUCUUUAAAUUUAUUGCGAUAUUAUAUAUCUAGCGGCCUUUAUAUGCAAAUAAAAUUGCAAGAUUUUUAAAUA